AUGGCGAACCUUCUGUCAAGCUGCAUCAUUGUAAAUUCUGAAAUCCCCCAAAGCUAUAUCUUUCCUCCACAAAGAAGACCACCUCUAUCUGGGAAAAUUGACGUUCCCAUCAUUGAUCUUCAAGAUGAAAUGAAUUCAACCAAGAAUAUUAUGAAGGCCAUUCAAGAUUUUGGAUUAUUUCAGGUAAUAAAUCAUGGGGUUCCAAAAAAUGUAACAGAUGAAGCAUUGAAAGUAUUUAUGGAAGUAUUUGAAUUAGUUCCAGAAGAAAAAUCCAAAAUAAACAUGAUAGAAGAUAAAAAGGAAAUAUGUAGAAUAUACUCAAGCAGCUACAAUUUUGACCAUGAAAAGUUUCACUAUUGGAGGGAUGUUUUGAAGCACCAUUGUAGCCCUCUUCAUGAAUGUAUCAAAUUUUGGCCUAAAAAUCCUGAAAAUUACAGGGAGACAGUGGGAGUAUAUGUUACAGCAUUAAAGGAAGUGGGGUCAAGGAUAUUAGAGAAGAUAUCAGAAGGAAUAGGACUAGAGAAAGGAUACUUUAAAAAUGAGCUAAGCCAAGAUAACAUCUUGACCGUAAAUCACUACCCACCAUGUCCUGAUCCAAGUCUAACCUUGGGAUUAACUAAGCAUUCUGAUCCCAACUUAAUAACUAUUCUUCAAGCACUGCCUGUUGAUGUUCCUGGGCUUGAACUCUUUAAGGAUGAACAAUGGCUCAGUUUUUCUACUGUUCCUCAUGCUUUUAUCAUCUUUGUUGGCAAUCAACUUGAGGUAGUGAGCAAUGGGAAGCUGAAAGCAGCAGUACACAGAGUGAGCAACGCGAUCGAAGCGAGAACGAGUGCAGCCUUCUUCAUUAAUCCAUCAUAUGAAUGCAUUGUAGAGCCUGCAAAAGAGCUUCUUCAACAACACAACAAUCCUCCAUUGUAUAAGGCUUUCAAAUAUAAGGAUUUCUUUAAAGUGUAUACAAGUCAUGAUGGGGAAAGGCAUGCUAUACUAGAAGACUUUGGUUUUAAGAUCACAUCUGGAUUUAGUGCUUAAAGUUUCUAAAUUUAUACAUGUUUAUUGUGGUUUAAAUAUUGAGUAUUUAUGAAUAAUAAAAGCAGAAUUCUAGCUUUUACUCUGGAUGGUUCUUUGGUAUUGAUAUGAUAUCAGAAGCCAACGUAUGAAAUAUCACAUAUUUAAACUUUAAAUCACAUUCACCCGCAUUUCAAAUGCAAUAGUUAGGGUCAGCCACCAAAUACAACCUAAAAAUGGAAUGUGUUUUAUGUACAUGAAUCAAACUUAUUUUUAUGCCAAAAAUUAUGCACAAGAAAAAAUUUCAAAUGUGUUUUCUCCUUAAGUCAACAUAAAGGAGAAAAUAGACCUAAAGUUAUGUACCAAAAAAAUGCCCAAGUAAUGAGGAUCAAGCGAACAAGAAUCAAUUCACAUAAUAGUGUUCAGGCUAAGU